AUGGAUGACCCGUUAACGAUUACCGAGAACGCGGCUAUUAUCGGUUAUGGAUUCGCGAAAGAUUACUACACUGUAUUGCGGAGGCAACCGAAAUGUGUGGAUGAAUUUUACGACGAUAUUGGCGAAUACAAGACGGUCUUUGAAGACGGAACGAUCGUCUUGGCCAGAACCCGGCAGGAGGCGAAAAAGGUUUUGUUGGGUCCCAUAUACGAGCCAAGGUUAAUCGUUAACUCGAUUAUUACGGUACCCUGUGGCGGAUCGCUAAACCGAAUGAUGAUCACCGUGAGCGGCAGGUCGUUCACGACAGUUUUCAUCGCAGAGCUCCGUCCAGAACGGCCGCUCACUUAUGUCAUUGUGUCGUCUAUGACUCGACAUUUCUCCGCCGGACCAGACGCUGACAGGCAGAUUCUGGAAAUGAGGUUCGCUGCAGGUGACGGUCCUGCUUACACGGGCGUCGAUCGCAUGGCAAUGGACGGUUUGAAACCGAAG